GUGGUUCCUCCGGGUUUUUGAGCCCAUCACCCAGUUCAGCCCGAGUCAGAGGCCAAGGAGGAGAACAUGAUGAUGGACCUUUUUGAAACUGGCUCCUAUUUCUUCUACUUGGACGGGGAAAAUGUUACUCUGCAGCCAUUAGAAGUGGCAGAGGGCUCCCCUUUGUACCCAGGGAGUGAUGGUACCUUGUCCCCCUGCCAGGACCAAAUGCCCCCUGAAGCUGGGAGUGACAGCAGUGGAGAGGAGCACGUCCUGGCGCCCCCGGGCCUGCAACCCCCCCACUGCCCCGGCCAAUGUCUGAUCUGGGCUUGCAAGACCUGCAAGAGAAAAUCUGCCCCCACUGACCGGCGGAAAGCUGCCACCCUGCGCGAGAGGAGGCGACUAAAGAAAAUCAACGAGGCCUUCGAGGCACUGAAGCGGCGGACUGUGGCCAACCCCAACCAGAGGCUGCCCAAGGUGGAGAUUCUGCGGAGUGCCAUCAGCUACAUUGAGCGGCUGCAGGACCUGCUCCAUCAGCUGGAUCAGCAGGAAAAAAUGCAGGAGCUAGGGGUGGACCCCUUCAGCUACAGACCCAAGCAAGAGAAUCUUGAGGGUGCGGAUUUCCUGCGCACCUGCAGCUCCCAGUGGCCAAGUGUUUCGGAUCAUUCCAGGGGCCUCGUGAUAACUGCCAAGGAAGGAGGGGCAAGCAUUGAUUCGUCAGCCUCGAGUAGCCUUCGAUGCCUUUCUUCCAUCGUGGACAGUAUUUCCUCAGAGGAACGCAAACUGCCCUGCGUGGAGGAGGCGGUGGAGAAGUAACUGGCAGCCGGAGGUUGGGAUGUUCUCCACGCAGCAGGAAGACCCCACCCUCCCUCCUUCGCCUAAUCCUUCAGCCUGGGUCGCAUUACAUUAAUAUUUAGGAACCCAGACCCAGGGGUUUAUGAAAGGGAAGGAGACCUGUUCACAAAAAAACUUCUCAGAAACUGUUGUGCACGCUCAGCUGAAAGAGCCUUUCGGCUUUGGGCUUUUACUUUUGGAACCGCGAGUGGCUUAGGUCUAGCAGCCUUACUUUGUGUUUGUGUGGUUAGUUGUGUAACCUCUUUCUUUUAUUCCGGUGACCCUUUUGUGCCAUGUUCAAAAGAAGUUCAUUCCUGUCUGAAGCGAAGUGGGAACGUUGCAUCUAAAUGUUAGUGGUAUUGAAUGUAUUUUUGUAAAUAAUCUUAGUACUUUCAUUUUUUUAUGUAAACCUAAGAAAUAUAUUUUAAAUGUGGAGUGACGGAUUGCGUAUAUAAUGUGCGGGGAUCCUGAUAUCGUAAUAUUAAAAAAUAAGUUUCUUUAUGAACAAAGUUGGUCCUAAUUUGAUUCAGCUGAAAAGUAUGGGAGCAGGUGCACAUAAAUA